AAUUGAUUGCUAUUUAAUUGCAAUUUAAGACGAGAUAUCCGUAAGUAAAAUGAAUUCAAAGUCAUUCGUAAAGAAAGUGCUGAAACGGACUCCUCUUCGGACAAGUUUUAUGCAAAACUCGCAAACAUUUGCCUCGACUUCGAACAGCACUUCGAACAGCACUUCCAUAUACAGUGCUAUCAGUAGUAAACCGAUUGCCGUCGAGGAUUAUAACCGGGUUUUGAUGAAAAAUCAAAGACUGGCCAAAGAGAACGCUGUCUUAAGGAAUCAAAUGAGUUGUUGUAAGGAAUCACUGAAUAAGUCUUGUAAUGAAAACAUUGAACUCAAACAACAAGUGAUUAAAUCCAAGACUGAAAUCGAAAGACUGAGACGAGAGCUGAAGGACAAGAGCUCCGCAAACAUGACUCAAGUUUGCGAUCGAAUCAAAUACGCGAACAGUCUUCUGAUGGAUGAGUACUUCAGAGUGAAUGCAAUGAAAGAGCAAAUGAAUGAAUUCGGGAAUAAAAUCGAAACCAUGAGAGGAAUAAUGAGUUCAUUGGAGUCGAUGGUCGACACCAGAANUGCAAUGAAAGAGCAAAUGAAUGAAUUCGGGAAUAAAAUCGAAACCAUGAGAGGAAUAAUGAGUUCAUUGGAGUCGAUGGUCGACACCAGAAGUGAUGGCAACGGAGCGGACAGUGAGAUGAGUGGCGAAAGAGUGGACCCGUUUUGGACACUCAAUGACUCGUCUGUGAGGAGAGAUUCGCGUCGGUUCUCACUGUCAGCUCAGGAACAGGACAUCCGAAGGAGACUCUCGGCCGACAAAAUCAAACACGACUUCCAAGUGAUGACAGAAUUGAGUACAAUAUUAGAGCUCUCGAGAGAAAACAGAAUUUCUUCCAUCGGUUUCGUCGGAGACUUUACUUCUGGAGACAUCACUGUUGACCACAACAAGCCAUUUACUCUCAAUGCUAUGGCCUUCACAUCCACAGCCACUGCUACCACCAGUUCCAGCGCUGCAACUAUUCAACCAUUGGAUUCCUCUAUAAUUGUUGAAACCAAUGAUAACCCAAUGGCGAACACUCGUGAGGAGAAGGUGACGAAAGCUGCGAAAGUGAUGAAAUCUAAGCCAACAAACCCUAAGAAGAAGACACAGAAGAAGAGUGAGAAUGAGAUCCAAAAGAAAGCAGACAUUUCUGUGUAUGACUUCAACGAAGACGACGACAAAGAGAAUGUAAUGCCUCUCAUCACCAGAAAAUCCAAGCGAAUCCGAUCUAAGAGAUUGUCCGUCACUAAC